CUGCUUUUGGAAUAAGACACACAGCUGCUACAUUGUUGGUGACUAAUGUUUAUUGUCAUGUAAUCAAACUGAAGGCGCUGCUUGAGUUCAAGUUCUGCCUCUGAUCGUGUUUGGACAGCUACAGUGGAAUAUUUACUUGAGAUCAUUUGCAUCCUAAUGUUAGCCAAUUAUUCUUUCUGGGAUGAUGCAACAUGAGUGCAACAGCAAAAAGGCUGAGGCUGCAGGUCCAAUAUCACCAACAUUACAAGGAAACAGUGGUAACAAGUGCAGGAACUAGUGAUAGUAAAUGUAAAAAUAUGCUCUAGAAUGAACAUGUAAGGGAGAAAUGCUUCAAAUAGAAUAAGUGAAAUAAGGUUUGAGAGAAAGGGGCUUUUUAAACUAAUAGACAAGGACAACAUUGAGGGAAAGAGGGAAAGAGGGAGGUACAGGUCAGAGGAGGUGAUGCCCUGUAACACUGGGGACAUGUUCACAUGACAAAUAGACUUACUGUCUUCACUUAAGUGGUGAAUUCAGGUUUUCUUAGAAGAUCAGUUGUUGUUGAUUUUGUUGCAUUUUGGAUGCACAGUGAAUUGAGGAAAUAGAAAAUGAGAACCUGGUGCAUUAGAUCUGGUGAAUGUGAGAUGUGGACAGGUACAAUAAUUUCCUUUCAAAACAGAAUUUCUUUUUUAGUGUUUGACAGUGAAAAAAAACAAAAAACAUUCAUAUAGCUUUUAUAGUCACUCAAUACUGCAUCCACAUCAUAUCUGCUAGAAAGGGACUGACAGCUAGUUUGUUCCGACUGGCUUGUCCAUAUGAUGGCAUUACAGUAUGUAGGGUAAGGCCCAAUUAAAGUGAGACUAACCCUAGACUGAUCUAAAUUAUGAGCAGUUAUCUCCUGCACCUGUUUGUAAAGCAGUCACCAGCUGCUCUGUUCAGUGGCGGUAUUAUCGAAGACAUGCCAUCAGCUGAUCAUAAGGCGUUCGCUGUGCCGUCCACAGAGCUGUCAUGCUGAGGAGGGGCAGGAACGGCCACACUCGGCAUUUGGUUUGGAUCGAGACACUGCGAGACACAGAAGCCAUGGCAGUGGUCCAGCCAUAUGAGACAGAGGACUGGGAGGACCAGACAACAACACAGAUCAGCAAUUUGGACUCUGAGGUGGAUUACCUGGCCAGUUCCGAGGCUGACGCUGAGGCGGCGGCCAGGUCCAGUGUCGUGCCAGUGACAGGGGAGUCUUUCUGCCAGUGUCCCCAGGAGGAGCCCGGGCCUGGGGUUGGGCUGCUGGGCUUCAGUACCGUCACUGACUGCCUCUGUGGGGAGGAGGACCAAGGGUUUGACUGGGUGUGGGACGAGCACUCUAAGUCCACCGGAGCCUUCCUGAGCUGUGACAACAGGAAGGUGAGCUUUCACUCCGACUACAGCUGUGGCACGGCUGCCAUCCGCGGCACAAAGGAGCUCACAGAUGGCCAGCACUUUUGGGAAAUCAAGAUGACCUCUCCUGUCUAUGGAACUGACAUGAUGGUGGGCAUUGGGACUUCAGAGGUGAACCUGGAGAAGUUCAAACACAGUUUCUGCAGCCUGCUGGGCCAUGAUGAGGACAGCUGGGGGCUCUCCUACACAGGGUUCCUCCAGCACAAAGGGGACAAGGUGAAAUUCUCCUCCCGGUUUGGCCAAGGCUCCAUCAUAGGAGUGCACCUUGACACCUGGCAUGGUACCAUGACCUUCUAUAAGAAUCGGCAAUGCAUAGGCAUGUCUGCCAUCAGGCUGCAGAACAAGAAGUUCUACCCCAUGGUGUGCUCCACUGCGGCCAAGAGCAGCAUGAAGGUGAUCCGUGCCUGCUACACACCCACUUCCCUGCAGUACCUUUGCUGUGCCCGGCUCCGCCAAGAGUUGCCCCACUGCCCGGACAUACUGGAUGUCCUGAAUCUUCCCCCAGGCCUGUGCAGCCACCUCCAUACACAGCUAGGCUGGGUCCUCACCCUCAACAGUGGCCCCGUGGACUCGCCUGAGCAGCCCAGGGACUUGUCUGAGGAUUUUCCCGACGAGAUGAGCCUGUCUCCCAGCCCGAGCCCCAGCCCCGUCCCCAGCCUAGUAUCCACCCUCAGUGCCUGCACUUCCCCAAGCCCCUGCACCAGCCCGUUCCCUGACAUGAUCCCAUGCAAGGGUCCGUGUCCACUCACACCACAAGCUCAGCCCUGCGCCUGCCAUUAUCCCCCCACUCCACCCAGCAGCGACUAUGAUAGCUGCUAUUCUGAGCCGGAAGACUACCAGAGCAAAAGAUGCCGCUUGGACUUGACAUUGUAGCCAAAAUGUAUGAGUAAGUUCUUGGCACACAGCUAUUCUACUAUUGCCAUUGACGUCUCCUGUUGGAAAACAUGGAGGGAAGAGUAUUUAGCCAAUAUUUCUUAACCAGCUUUGUGAGUGGAUUAUGCUCUUAUUUCUUUUUUUCCCUAGCAUUUUUUUUUACAUCAUUUGAAUGAUUUCAAUAUAUGGGAAGAAGGGUGUGAGUAUGUAGUGUGUGGCAUGUUAUGCAGUUGACUGAUAUUGAAUGACAUCUGGGUCAGUCACAUUUCAGCCAAUGCUAACUUAAAGGAGCCAUGCAUUACGCUUAGAUAUUUCUCCCUUUCUUAAAUGUGACAGUCACUGUCUGUGGAAAGCCUGUUUGUCAGAUUAGAUCUGACAACCAAAUACUGUAAAUCUUGUGAAUGUGUAAACAUGUUAUUCUCAGGGAUAAACUCUUAGGGGGAAAAGGGAGUUUCUUUUUGAUACUGUGGAACUAACAUUUUGUACAUGUUUUAUAACGAGCAUUUGGUUUGACUAUCAGCAAUGGCUGCAUUUGCUUAUAAUGGGUUUUGCUAAUCAGCUGUUUUUUUUCUGCUUUCUUACUUAAUGAACUUUCUUACACAGGCAAUUCUAUAAAAUAAAACACAAAGAAAAGUUUUGA